AUGGAGAAUCUUAAAGAUGGUUUCCGUUUUCGUCCGACAGAUGCACAAGCGCUUAUUUUCUUGUUGAGAUUCAUUGCUGGAGAAGUGAUGAAUGAUUCUGGAUUUGUCACCACUAACGUUGAUGUGUAUGGCAAACAAGAACCGUGGGAUAUUUACAGUCAUGGAGUACCCUGCGAUAAUGAUGAAGGGGACAACAACGAUUGCACUCAUAAUCGCUUCUUCAUCACAAAGCUCAAGAAGAAAAACAAGUCCAAGUAUAAUCGCAAUGUUGGAAACAAAGGCAGUUGGAAACAACAAGACAAGGGCAAACCAGUUAAAUACUCAUCGGUAACUAUUGGAUGCAAGAAGAGCAUGUCUUACGUGAAUAAGAAUUAUAAUCGGAAAAAUGGGCAUUGGCUUAUGAAUGAGUACGAACUCUCUAGUGCUAUUCUUGAGAAAUUCAAUGAGGAUUGCAGAGAUUAUGUGCUCUGUGCCAUCAAGAAGAGGCCCGUUACUACUUCUUCUCCUUCCGAGACUACUUCCACAGUCACAUUCUUGAAUAAUUUACCUGCCGAAAUUCAUCAAGUAAUUAGUAAUUCAAGCAGGAAUUUGCAACACUCCACCAUGGCUUUCUUGAAUUUUCAAGAAUCUGCGGAAUCAAAUAGUACCGAUAAGCCAUUACAAGUAUAUGAUGCAGGGGACUAUUCAUUAGGUGUUGUUGAGUCGCAUGAAUGGGGCAACAAUGACUUAGAAGAAUUACACGGGAUGAUGUUACACCAGGACGACAUGAAUAUGGUUGAUCCAUUAUUAGCAGCAGAGGCUUCUUACACCGCCAUGCUCAAUUUUGUGACUGACAUCCUACUGGACUCGGAUGACAUAGAGCAGAUAUUACAAACGACAUUUUACUGA